GCGGCUUGUACUUUCUUUUCAUCAUUGUUUCGGCCCUCGUCCUUGUUUCGACACCUGCGCCAAAUCCGGCAAUCCACAACCUUCCGCAUUCGUCCAUUCCUCGAAAAACUUUCCCUGCUGCGUGUUAUAAACAAACCUCGGCCCACCUCCACACCUCACUUCUCGCCCUCCCCAGUCACCCUCCGCAAUUGAUUCGUAUUAUCGCCAAAAGCCGACCCUAGCUCCUGCGUCGCUUUCCUUUUGUUUUUAAUACCGGUUUUUUUCCUUUUUCUCUAGUGUUUGGCCCGCCAACACCUUACUUUUUUCCUUUUGUUUCCGGUCAUGUCCCAAGAACCAGCGCCAGAAGCCGCCCCAGUCGCGGCCCCAGCCGUCGUCGCUCCAGCCUCAGAAGAGCCAGCUACCGAACAGCCGGAAGUCAGCCCAGCCAACGCCAUCGAGGGCGGGCGUGAGGUCUCCAACAAGAUCCUCUACGUCGGCGGUUUGCACAAGUCGGUCACCGAAGAUAUGUUGAGAGACCUUUUCUCCGUCGCGGGCGCCGUCCAGAGCAUCAAGAUCCUCUUUGACAAGAACCGCCCCGGCUUCAACUACGCGUUCAUCGAGUAUGACAACACCCAGGCGGCCGAGAUGGCGUUCCAGACAUUGAACGGACGUGUUAUCAACAACUCCGAAAUCAAGAUCAACUGGGCGUUCCAGUCGCAGCAGGUUAAGAGCAGCGAGGCGUUUAACCUUUUUGUGGGUGACUUGUCACCGGAGGUGGAUGACGACUUAUUAAACAAAACGUUCUCCAAGUUUGGCAAUUUGAUCCAGGCGCACGUGAUGUGGGAUAUGCAGACCGGCCGCUCACGCGGCUACGGAUUUGUCUCCUUCUCCGAGUCUGGUGACGCCGAAGCGGCGUUGCAGACGAUGCAAGGCGAAUGGAUCUCCGGGCGCGCCAUCAGAUUGAACUGGGCGUCACACAAGCAGAACAACCGCGACUUCCGCGCGCACCACGCGCACCACGCGGUACCGCACGGUGCGGCACCAGCGCAGGGCUCGCCGCUCCAGGGCGGGGCGCCGCUCACCGCGCCAAUGGGCGUGCCGGUCAUGUCGCCGCAGUCGUACGACUUGGUUUUGAGACAGACGCCGUCAUGGCAGACCACUGUGUACUUGGGUAACCUUGCGCACUUCACCACCCAAAACGAGUUGAUCCCGUUGUUGCAGAAUUUCGGCUUCAUCGUCGACUUCAAGUUCCACCCGGAGCGCGGCUGCGCCUUCGUCAAGUACGAUUCCCACGAGCGCGCCGCCUUGGCUAUCGUCCAAUUGGCUGGCUUCAACGUGAACGGUAGACCCUUGAAGUGCGGCUGGGGCAAGGACAGACCACCUAACAUGCAGUACAACAACUACCGUGCUCCAUACGCUGCCCAGGGCCGCAUGUAGCUUUUUAUCCAAAAUUGUUUCUGAUCUGUGUUGUAGAGAAUUUCCUGAGGACUCCAGCGUAUUUGUUUCAUAUGGGAAUGGGUAAAAUUGGAGUUUGAACGGAGUUUUUUUCUGUUAUAUGUUUAAUAGAUGUGUGGUAUGAAUA